GGAGAACAGCCUGGAGGAGUGUGGUCUGGAGCUGUACUUCAUCCAGGACAUGGAGAUCCUGGGCAAGGUGACCACCCACGAGCUGAAGGAAGGUGGCGAGAGCAUCCGAGUGACAGAGGAGAACAAGGAGGAGUACAUCAUGCUGCUGACAGACUGGAGGUUCACGCGGGGCGUGGAGGAGCAGACCAAGGCUUUCCUGGACGGCUUCAACGAGGUGGUGCCGCUGGAGUGGCUGCGGUACUUCGACGAGAAGGAGCUGGAGCUGAUGCUGUGCGGCAUGCAGGAGAUCGACAUGAACGACUGGCAGAAGAACACGAUCUACCGGCACUACACCAAGAACAGCAAACAGAUCCAGUGGUUCUGGCAGGUGGUUAAAGAGAUGGACAAUGAGAAGAGGAUCCGGCUGCUGCAGUUCGUGACGGGGACUUGCCGCCUGCCCGUCGGGGGGUUUGCAGAGCUCAUCGGCAGCAACGGGCCCCAGAAAUUCUGCAUCGAUAAAGUUGGCAAAGAGACGUGGCUGCCUCGGAGCCAUACAUGCUUUAACCGCCUGGAUCUCCCUCCCUACAAGAGCUAUGAACAGCUGAAGGAGAAGCUGCUUUAUGCGAUUGAGGAGACAGAAGGAUUUGGACAGGAGUGA